UCGUGUUGAGGUUCUUGUUGCGUGCCGUGCAUCUUGUUUUGUCCGGUAGUUUGGGUUAAUAUUUUUAUUAGAGAUUAUUGUGACUAAUGUAAUUAAUUAUGAUCUAACACUUGUUAAUAAACAAUGUAAUGAUGGAAACGUGUGAUGGACAAUUUUCCAUGUGUAUUUUUUUGUCCUAACAAAAUGUUGGGUAAUUCACUUGUUAGUGAAAAUAAAUAACUGUGAGACUAUUUGCUGUGCACAAUGAUGGCUUCCAUGGCUGCAGGCGGUCCUGGGGACCCCCACACACAGAUGAACACCUACAGAAGCUAUGUGACCAUGCUGGCUGAUCCCGGCGCCAAGGACGAGAUCAAGCUCAAAGCUGCACAGGAACUAAGUGAAAACUUCGAGGUAAUACUCAGUUCCCCUCAAUAUCCACAAUUCCUGGAACACUCGUUGAAGAUAUUCCUCAAAAUACUCCAAGAUGGUGAACCUCAUUUCAUAGCUGAGUAUAAUAUUCAGCAAGUGAGGAAGCUGAUACUGGAAAUGAUCCACCGACUUCCAAUAAGCGAGACCCUGAGGAUUUAUGUGAGACCCAUCUUGGUGCUGAUGUUAAAAUUGAUGGAAAUUGAAAACGAAGAGAAUGUUCUGGUGUGCCUUAAGAUUUUUAUGGAAUUACAUAAACAAUAUAGACCUCCUUAUAGCAGUGAGGUGGAUAUUCACAAGUUCCUGCAGUGGGUGAAAGGGAUCUACUCUGACUUGCCAAAUCACUUGCCUAAAAUAUUUGAACCCAAACCUACCAUUAGGGUAAAAGAUUUGUCUGAAGUGAACAUUGAUCAGUUGCUACAAGAGACUUACACCACAACACCCAUACAUACUGAGAAGAAACUCCUUGAUGGGAGUGUUGUUACUUACAACCUGAUACCAAGAUCGGUGCUGUCAUUGAAAGUGAUACAGGAGCUACCCAUCAUUGUGGUGCUCAUGUAUCAGUUGUACAAGCAGAAUGUGCAUCAGGAGGUCAGCAACUUCAUCCCUCUCAUCAUGGAGACUAUUACUCUGCAGCCGGCCGCUACGCACAGACAAUCCGCUUCGUUUAACAAGGAAGUUUUCGUGGACUUCAUGGGCGCCCAAAUAAAGACUUUGGCGUUCCUAGCUUACAUCAUCAGAAUAUAUCAAGAUACCAUUGCUAAUCACGCCAAUUUGAUGGUGAAAGGUAUCAUAGGGCUAUUGACGCUAUGCCCACCGGAAGUGGCGCAUUUGAGAAAGGAACUCGUCAUAGCAACACGACAUAUCCUGGCUACGGAUUUAAGACUGAAAUUUGUUCCAUACAUGGAACGUCUGUUCGACGAAGAUGUACUAUUAGGUGGCGGGUGGACGGUCCACGAGUCGCUGCGUCCACUCGCGUACUCAACACUGGCAGACUUAGUACAUCAUGUGAGACAACUGCUGCCAUUGACUGAUCUAGCUAUAGCUGCUCACUUGUUCUCCAAGAAUGUUCAUGAUGAAUCUCUUCCUACAAGCAUCCAAACAAUGUCGUGCAAGUUGCUUCUGAACCUGGUGGACUGCAUUCGUCAGCGCUCCGAGAGCGAGGGCGCCGCGGCGGCCGGCACGCAGCCGCAAGGCCGACAGUUGCUCAUGCGCAUACUAGAAGUGUUCGUGCUGAAGUUCAAGACCAUAUCCAAGCUGCAACUGCCUGCUUUGAUGAAUAAAUGCAAACAAACAACGCCACCAGCGAAUGGUACAAAUGGGACCACACCUAGCACUCCCACUACCCCAGGCCCAAGUACUUCCACAGCAGUAGAAGUGAAAGUUGAGGAAGAGAAACUUGCGCCAGAUUUCCUGGACAGCCUAUCCAAGAGUGAGGAGAAAUCUAAGAUAGGUUUCCCUACAUCACAGAUGAAUAACCUGAAUGUUGGUGACUACAGGACCUUGGUCAAGACGCUUGUAUGUGGAGUCAAGACUAUUACGUGGGGCUGUGCUUCGUGCAAGCAGACAACAACGAAUACAGAAGGGACAUCAACAACGACCAUAACUGGUCAAAAGCAGUUCAGUGCUCGCGAGACGUUAGUAUUCAUACGCUUAGUGCGUUGGGGACUACAGUCACUUGACAUCUACACGUUAGCCGCGCCUCGUGCGCCGGCGCAGCCGCCCGCGCAACCACACGUACGGUCUAAAGAGGAGAAAGAAGUGCUCGAGCAUUUCAGCGGAGUGUUUUCAAUGAUGAACCCACAAACCUUCCAAGAAAUAUUUACAGCGACGAUUUCCCAUAUGGUCGAAAGAAUCAACAAAAAUACAACGUUGCAAAUAAUUGCAAAUACAUUUUUGUCCAAUCCGGCUACGUCGCCGAUAUUCGCGACAGUACUUGUUGAGUACCUUCUCCAAAGGAUGGAGGAAAUGGGGACUAAUGUAGAGAGAUCCAAUCUUUACUUGAGACUAUUCAAACUAGUGUUUGGUUCCGUCAGCCUCUUCCCAACUGAGAAUGAACAAAUGCUGAGACCACACUUGCAUAGCAUUGUUAACAAGGCCAUGGAUUAUGCCAUGACAGCUAAAGAACCCUACAAUUAUUUCCUACUACUGAGGGCGUUAUUCCGUUCCAUUGGAGGCGGCAGCCACGACCUUUUAUACCAAGAGUUUUUACCACUUCUACCCAAUCUACUUGAAGGAUUGAAUCGCCUACAGAGUGGCCUACAUAAGCAACACAUGAAAGAUCUUUUCGUCGAGUUAUGCUUGACUGUACCGGUAAGAUUAAGUAGUCUAUUACCUUAUCUACCGAUGCUCAUGGAUCCUUUAGUAUCUGCAUUAAAUGGCUCCCACACAUUAAUAUCACAAGGGUUGAGGACUCUCGAGCUCUGUGUCGAUAACUUGCAACCCGACUUCUUGUAUGAACACAUCCAGCCGGUCAGGGCUGACCUCAUGCAAGCGCUGUGGAGGACAUUGCAGAACAAUGAAGUUGCCAGAAUCGCGUUCAGAGUCCUCGGGAAAUUCGGCGGCGGCAACCGCAAGAUGAUGAUAGAACCACAGAGACUCGAGUAUAGAGAAACCGACGCGCCACCGCCCGCGGUGCAAGCAUACUUCCAAGACCAACCGAAACCCAUAGAUUUCGAAGUAGACAAAGUAAUAGAGACAGCUUUUUCUGCGUUAAAGUCAAGCAUGACAGAUCCAUUUUACCGACGACAAUGUUGGGAAGUGUUGCGAUGCUACUUAGCUUCGUCACUUAAUUUGGACGACGAUAAGGCGACCUUACAGAAACUGUUCAACCACCCCAGUUUCAUUGACGGCAAGAUUCAAAUCCAGAACGGACCUUACUACAAAUGCUCGAACAGUAUAGUGAGAAACACACAUCGCACGGCUCUGACAGGAAUGUUUGUGGCCGCUGCUAUCAAAGAGUUGCGUCAUCACGUGCUGCCAACGAUGGUUUCGUUAGUGAGGCACUAUACUAUGGUAGCGAUAGCUCAGCAGGCGGGACCGUUUGUCGAAAGCUCUGCACCUAAAGACGGUCUGGACGCGUUGGUCCUCGUCGAUGCUAUCGCCGUUAUUAUGGGUCAUGAAGAAAAGGAAUUAUGUAAACCUGGUCAUCUUGCGUUAGUUCUUAUGAUAGAGACUGCGGCGACGGUGCUUGGAAGCCGAGAACGUGCCUGCAGAUUGCCUUUAAUGGAGUACCUCGCUGAACGAAUGUCGGCGUUGUGUUACGAGCGAGCCUGGUACGCCAAGCUGGGCGGUUGCAUCGCAGUCAAGUUCAUGGUAGAGAAAAUGGCACCGGAAUGGGUUUACAAACACGUGUUCACAUUUUUGAAGGCCGUGCUGUUCGUUAUGAUGGAUUUGACGGGUGAAGUUUCUUCGGGUGCCAUAGACAUGGCGACUGUCAACUUGGAGAGGCUCGUUAGAGUUUGCGUGGUUGGGCCUUGCACUCAGUCGGUCGAGGCGGAAGGUGACGUAGCUGCUGCGAAGGCUAGAGCCUUACAUGAUGUGCUUCAGGAACUCGUACUGCAAGUAACAAGUCCUCACCUUCUUGUCAGACAACAGGCCAUGAAAUCAUUGGAGCUCAUAGCAGAAUUACAGAAGAAGACAGUGACAGAAGUAAUGGAUCCGCAUAGAGAAGUGUUAGCGGAUAUAAUUCCACCGAAGAAACAUUUGCUUCGACAUCAACCAGCGAACGCCCAGAUGGGUCUUAUGGAUGGAACUACCUUCUGUACUACUUUGAAACCUCGGCUCUUCACUAUUGAUCUAAACAUAAAUGAGCACAAAGUAUUCUUCCGGGAGCUACUUUCGCUAUGUGAAGCUGAGGACGCGAUGCUAGGAAAACUGCCAUGUUAUAAAGGGGUCAAUCUUGUGCCGUUACGUGCCUCAGCUUUGAAAGCUCUUGCCGCCUGCCAUUAUAUACAGGAGAAGCAUUGCCGUGAGAAGAUAUUCCAAGUGCUUUACAAGUCUCUUGAGAAAAAUGAUCAAGAAUUGCAACAGGUCGGCUUCGAGUGCAUGCAGAAAUUCCUGUCAGGUUUCCAAAUCGACAUGGAGAUGGUUCACCCAGUAAUGCGACCUCUAUUGCUAACACUUGGUGACCAUAGACAUUUGAGCGUGAACGGAGCAAAGAGGUUGUCAUACCUGACCCAGUUGUUCCCUUCCACGUUCAGUGAGAAACUAUGUGAACAGCUACUGCAGUUAUUGAAGAAACUUCUGGAUUAUUCUAUACAGACCAACAGAGGUGGAAACUUCCUCCAGAGCGUUUCAAAGAACAUGGAAAACGAGCAGAAGAUAAUAAUUCUGAUCGGUAUAUUCCAUCAAAUACCGGCCGCGUCGCCUCGCUUUAUCGACGUGUUAUGUCGGCUCAUAUUCCACACUGAAAAGUCGCUUAUGAUUGAAGCCGGAUCUCCUUUCAGAGAACCACUUGUAAAGUUCUUAAUGAGGUAUCCAAAAGAGACUUUAGACCUAAUACUGAGCGACAACAACAUAAAAGACCAACAGUGGAGCCGAUUCCUGGUCUUCCUCAUCAAACACCCGAAAGCCGGUCCCCCGUACAGGGAGGCCUUGCAAACGGCCAAGAAACCUCGACUUAUGCAACUGUUGGCGGCCAAUACUGGUGGUAAUUCGGCCAACCUGCCAACAGCUGACCGGUCUGAGAUGCAGUUCCAAGCUGUUAGAGUGAUAUCCUUGUUGAUCAAGUUCGAUGAAAAGUGGUUGGCCGGCCAACCUGAUUUGAUCGAGUUGUUGAAGCGCAUUUGGUGCAGUGAUCAGUACCAUGAAGUACACAAGAAAGUAGAAAUAGUUGACUGUACGCACUGGAAGGAGCCCAAGCUGAUAGUGAAGAUAUUGCUGCACUACUUCGUGCAGCAUAAGUCCAGCAUCGACUUGUUGUUCCAGCUGCUGCGAGCCUUGUGCGACCGAUUCAUACCUGACUUCCAGUUCCUACGCGAUUUCCUAGAGAACACAGUAGCUCAGACGUACGACAUCGAAUGGAAGCGGGCCGCAUUCUUCCGCUUCGUGGAACAUUUCGCCAGUGAUGCCAUGUCGCAGGACUUGAAGGCCAAAGUUCUGCAGAUGAUCCUGAUCCCGUGCUUCGCAGUCAGCUUCGAGAAGGGACAGAAGAUCGUGGGCGGCUCGCCGGCGCCCUAUCAGGAUAAUCCCGACAACGUCGUCUCCGUGUUUAUUAAUAAUGUGAUUGACCCAGAGAAUCCGUUCGCGUGUUCGGACGCGGUACGCAUAUCUCUCUUGCAGUUUGCUUGCCUACUCCUCGAGCAAGCGUCACCGCAUAUACACGAUGCGAACAAUAAGAAGCAAGGCAAUAAACUAAGGAGACUCAUGACCUUUGCCUGGCCCUGUCUGCUUGGCAAGAACUUUGUUGAUCCUGCGACUAGGUAUCACGGACAUCUACUUUUGAGUCAUAUCAUAGCUAAGUUCGCUAUCCACAAGCGGAUAGUGUUGCAAGUAUUCCACAGUCUCCUAAAAGCGCACGCAGUGGAAGCCCGCUCCGUGGUGCGUCAGGCGCUAGAGAUACUGACGCCUGCCAUGCCACAACGCAUGGAGGAUGGCAACACCAUGCUCACGCACUGGACCAAGAAGAUCAUAGUGGAAGACGGUCACUCCGUACAGCAACUGUUCCAUAUACUGCAGCUUGUUGUUAGACAUUACAAGGUGUACUUCCCAGUACGUCACGCACUGGUAGGACACAUGGUAGCCGCGAUGCAGCGUCUAGGUUUCUCAGCGACUGCCUCGCUGGAACAUCGCCGCCUCGCCGUGGAUUUGGCUGAAGUCGCUCUCAAAUGGGAGCUGCAGAGAAUACGGGAUCACUCCAAUGAUGAUAAUGUGGUGGCCACAUCACCAAGCGGCGCAAUGAAGCGCGUCUCCUCAGACGAGAGCAGUUCCGAAGCUCGUAAGGCUCUCAACACCGGCUGGGCGAGUCCGCAGGCCAGCGCCGCGCGGAUGGAGCCAGACGCCGCCAAGCCGUUGGACAGGCAACACGUCGAUGUGGUCGUUAACUUGCUGCUCAGGCUGGCCUGUCAAGUGAACGAGGGCUCGGUGGGCGGCGCGGCGGGCGCGUCGCCGGGCGAGCAGCUGUCGCGGCGCUGCGUGCUGCUGCUCAAGGCGGCGCUCAAGCCCGACGUGUGGCCGCAUCUGUGCGAGCCCAAGCUCGCCUGGCUCGACAAAGUAUUCUCAACAGCCGAUGCCAACGCAGGUGGUUGCGCAAACGCAUGCACAGCGCUAGAACUGCUAGUAUUCCUACUCGGAGUAUUACGAAGGGAACAGAUCCUCGUAGCUUUGAAGCCGCUACAACGAGGACUGGCGGCUUGUGUGUCGUCUACCAACCCUAAGAUAGUGCGUUUGACGCAUAAUCUGCUCGCGAAACUUACUGCCAUAUUCCCGACUGAACCUACUGGAGCUGCGCAGGCGUCGAAGUACGAAGAACUAGAAACCCUAUACGCAUGCGUAAGCAAGUACGCAUUCGAAGGUCUAGCCACAUACGAGAAGUCGGCCGGCGGUCAGGCCGCUAGUGGAACGGCCGCCGCCGGCACAACGCCACCUAGCGGCGCAAGUGCGUUACUAGGACCUCUGAUGAUGUUGAAGGCCUGCUGUGCUUCCAGCCCGUCUUAUAUUGAUAGGCUCUUACAGCCAUUGAUGAGGGUGCUACAGAGAAUGGCUAGAGAUCACGUGGCUCCGAAUCCUGAUCAUGCUUUGGCUGAUUUACUUAUUUUGGCAUUAGAUUUACUGAAGGCCCGCGUAUCCGUGAUGCCUGUGGAUACAAGAAAGACCUUUAUCGGUAAUAUACUGGUGGGGCUUAUUGAGAAAACUACUGAUGCUAAGGUAAUGAAAGCAAUAAUCCGCAUGGUAGAAGAAUGGGUGAAGUGGCGAGCCCCGGCCGUCGGCGCCGCCGCCCCCGCCGCCGUGCCCUCGCUCAGAGAGAAGUCUAUCCUGCUCGUCAAACUCAUGCAAUAUGUGGAGAAACGGUUCCCUGAUGAUUUGGAACUGAAUGCCCUGUUUUUGGAGCUUAUUAAUUAUGUCUAUAGAGACGACCACCUGAAAAUGACAGAGCUAUCAAUGAAGCUAGAGCCGGCAUUCCUAGCAGGUCUUCGCUGCCCCCAGCCGAACAUUCGUGCUAAAUUCUUCGAAGUGUACGACCAGAGUGUGCGCAGACGCAUCUUCGACCGGCUGCUGUAUAUCAUCUGCUCGCAGAAUUGGGAUAAUAUUGGACAGCACUUCUGGAUUAAGCAGUGCCUUGAGCUGCUGCUUGUUACUUGUGUGCCUAGUACACAAAUCCGCCUAUCGAAUCCAAAGUACCUGCUCCCCAGCAUAUCUUCCGUAAUCAACUCAGCUGACAGCGAAGACCGCAAAUCGUUCGUAAUAUUCAGCAGCGUGAAGGAAGAAUCUUCCGAUGGCUUCAGUGACUCGUUAGAGCCUGAUAAGGAAGAUGUCUUAGAUAUGGAUCUGGAUUCAAGCUCUAAUAAAGAUGAUUGCACUAAGACUGUCACGAAUAGACUUAAAACCCUAAAUCAAAUCGUGGCCAAGCAAUCCGAGUUCUUAGAACUAGCUCGUCGCGUUCGCACAGAGCAGCUAGUGGUGGCCGCAGCUCAACUGUGCCACAUGGACGAUGCGCUGGCACAUCACACGUGGCUGCGGCUGUUCCCGAGGCUGUGGUCCACGCUGGAUGAACGGCAACUGGGGACGGUAAUGAACGAGAUAGUCCCGUUCAUAAUAUCGGGCGUACACACUGGGCAGCGUGAUCAGCCGCUCAGCGCGCUCAACACCUUCAUCGAGGCGCUGGCGCGGUGCAACCCGCCCGUCAGUAUUAAGCCACCCAUGAUGAAGUAUCUCGGCAAGACACACAACUUGUGGCAUCGUAUGACACUGAACCUAGAACAGAUGGCUAUUGAUCAAGCGAGUGGCAGAGCCCAAAGGGAGCCGCUUGAGAUAUACGACUAUGAUAUUGAAACUACUACACCUACUGAGGUGCUAGACUCCCUGAGCGAUAUGUUCGAACUAUUGCAAGAAGAGGACAUGUGGUCCGGCCUGUGGCAGAAACACGCGCGCUAUAGAGAGACCAACGUCGCGAUAGCGUACGAACAACAAGGCUUCUUCGAACAGGCGCAAGCUGCGUACGACGUCGCUAUGGCUAAACUUAAACAGGAAUACACCGCCAACCCGUCCUCAUACAACAUGCAUAAAGAGUGCACACUUUGGACCCAACAUUGGCUCAAAUGCGCCAAGGAGCUCAACCAAUGGGAUUCGUUACUGGAACUGGGCUUGACAAGGAGUGGGAGAGACCCAUUCUUGAUAUUGGAGAGCUCGUGGAGGAAUCCUAAUUGGACCACAAUGAAGGAGGCGCUUGCUGAAGUUGAAUAUAACUGUCCUAAGGAAUUGGCAUGGCUAGUAAACCUGUACCGCGGCUACCUGUGCAUAUGCGCGGGCGGCGAGGCUCAGCUCCCGGGAGUAGAACGUCACGCGGAGGCGGCGGCGGCUCAGGCGCUGCGCGAGUGGCGACGUCUACCCCGUCUCGUGUCCCACGCGCAUCUGCCGCUCCUCCGCGCCGCUCAGCAGCUCAUGGAGCUCAGCGAGGCCGCGCAGAUACAUACCGGGUUGCUGCACAGCCGUCCGACAUCGCUGCACGAUAUGAAGGCCAUAGUGAAGACGUGGCGCAACCGCCUGCCCGUGGUAGCCGACCCGCUGUCGCACUGGGGCGCCAUCUUCACGUGGCGUCAGCACCACUACCAGUUCAUCGCGUCACACUACGACUCGCAGGCCGACCACGCGUCCAACCACAGCAUGCUCGGCGUCCACGCCAGCGCUCAGGCUAUAAUUCACUUCGCAAAGAUAGCAAGGAAACACAACUUGUCAGGCGUCUGCCUAGACUCUUUGCACAGAAUAUACACAAUACCUAGUGUUCCGAUCGUGGACUGCUUCCAAAAGAUCCGACAACAAGUCAAGUGUCACAUUCAAAUGUCGUGGACUGAAGGCAAGGAGGAAUUACAGGACGGCAUAGAUAUGAUAGAAUCCACGAACUUUAAGUAUUUCACUAAAGAGAUGACCGCUGAGUUUUAUGCGUUCAAAGGUUUGCUUUUAGCGCAACUCGGUAGGUCGGAGGACGCGAACAAAGCGUUCGCGGCGGCCGUACAACUGCACGAUACGUUGGUGAAGGCAUGGGCCCUCUGGGGAGACUAUUUGGAGCAAAUAUUCAUAAGGGAUCCCCGACAGAUACAAGUAGGAGUGUCCGCUAUGACUUGCUUCUUGCACGCCUGUCGACACCAGAACGAAUCUAAAUCAAGGAAAUACUGCGCUAAAGUUCUAUGGAUGCUAAGUUUCGAUGACGAAAAGAACAGCCUCGCUGAAGCUCUAGACAAGUAUUCAGUGGGCGUUCCGCCUGUCCAAUGGUUGCCAUGGAUACCGCAACUGCUAGCCUGCCUCGUCCAAUACGAUGGAAAUGUCAUACUCAAUCUUCUGAGCCAUGUCGGCCGUCUCUUCCCGCAAGCGGUAUAUUUCCCCAUCCGCACGCUGUACUUGACUUUGAAGAUUGAACAACGCGAACGACACAAAACAGCAGAAAACAUCGCCGCGCACCUACCACAUCAACCCACUACCUCUGCCGGCGGCAGCAAGGUGAGUGAGGCCGCAUCUUCCUCGAGCAGUGGCUCCACGGGCGAGGCGGGCCCUAUCAAGGCCACCCUGCCCAUGUGGCGCUGCUCCAAGAUCAUGCAGAUGCAACGGGAGAUACAUCCCACCGUGCUCUCCUCGCUCGAGGGCAUCGUCGAUCAGAUGGUAUGGUUCCGCGAAAACUGGUACGAGGAGGUGCUCCGUCAGCUGCGCGCGGGGCUGGCCAAGUGCCACGUGGUGGCCUUCCACCACCGCGCCGCCGUCGCCGACGCCACCGUCACGCCACACACGCUCAACUUCAUCAAGAAAGUCGUCUCCACCUUCGGCAUCGGUAUUGGCAUAACUGCAUCAGAGAGUCUGGCCCGCCGCGCGCAGGCCACCGUGCAAGACCCGGUCUUCCAGAAGAUGAAGACACAGUUCACCGCAGACUUCGACUUUUCGCAGCCAAACGCUAUGAAAUUACAAAAUCUUAUACAGAAACUGAGAAAAUGGGUCAAGAUACUCGAGGCUAAAACAAAGGUUCUACCCAAGUCAUUCCUUAUCGAGGAGAAAUGUAGGUUCUUGUCAAACUUCAGUUUAAAGACGGCUGAAGUAGAACUGCCCGGCGAGUUCCUGUUGCCCAAACAUACUCAUUACCACGUUAGAAUCGCGAGGUUCAUGCCACGAGUUGAGAUCGUACAGAAGCACAACACAUCGGCACGUAGAUUGUACAUUCGUGGACAUAAUGGCAAAAUAUACCCGUACCUAGUAGUUAACGACUCGGGACUGGGCGAUGCCAGGAGAGAGGAACGAGUGUUACAACUGCUUAGAAUGCUGAACCAUUAUUUGGGUAAACAAAAGGAAACUUCGAGGAGAUUUUUGCACUUCACUGUACCGCGAGUCGUUUCGGUUUCGCCUCAAAUGCGGCUCGUGGAAGAUAAUCCUAGUUCUAUAUCUCUACUAGACAUUUAUCGCACAGAGUGUGCUAAUAGGGGAGUGGAAUACGAUGCCCCAAUCGCCCGUUAUUACGAACGCCUCGCGGCUGUCCAAGCGCGAGGCUCGCAAGCUUCGCAUCAAGUAUUGCGAGAUAUCCUCCGUGAGGUGCAAGCGACAAUGGUGCCAAAGGGUAUGCUGAAGGAAUGGGCGGCGGCCACCUUCUCCGCGCCCACGGACUACUGGACCUUCAGGAAGAUGCUGACGCUGCAACUGUCACUGGCUAGCUUCGCCGAGUACGUGCUACAUCUGACGAGGCUCAACCCCGAUAUGAUGUAUGUCCAUCAGGAUUCCGGACUACUCAACGUCUCUUACUACAAAUUUGACGUUGAUGACACCACAGGUGAAUUAGACUGCAACCGGCCAGUGCCGUUCCGACUGACGCCGAACAUAUCCGAGUUGCUGACCACAAUAGGUAUCACCGGGCCUCUCACAGCUUCUGCAAUAUCCGUCGCGCGGUGCCUUGUAACACCCAACUUCAAGAUCCAAUCCAUCCUACGAACAAUAUUACGCGAUGAAAUGGUCACGGGCUACAGAAAACGUUUGGAGGAUAAAUCGGGACUUCCAACGGCAGGGGCUUUAACAGAGAACAAACCUGUGGAAAUGGAUAAUGAGACUAUUAUUAAUAUGGUUAACAAAGCCGUGACAGUUAUCAUGAAUCGUCUCAACUCUAUGGCGAAUUUCGACGGGCCGGAUAGUAAGGUGGCCACGUUAGUGACCGCAGCCAACAGUCAUGACAAUCUCUGCCGAAUGGAUCCUGCAUGGCAUCCCUGGCUAUAAACUAGAAGUACUGAUAUUUGUACGUAAGCCCGGAAACAUUUAUUUACACUCUGUAGUUUUUGUGUCAUUAAUAUAAGAAAAAAAAACGCCGCCAAAAUACGAUUAUGAUGUUGAUAGUCGCACCACUGCUGGGUUUAAAUAGCGGAAAUGUAUAACUUAGAUCUUUUGUGAUUUUUUAACAGCUGCAAAUGGACACAACGAUAACAUGUCUAAAUUAGGAUGUUAUCCAUAGCAUUUGAUAACUGUAUUCAAUUAAAAUGUUUACUUAUACCGAUAUACAGUGUCUAUAGUGCUUGAGUGUACAUUUGCUUAAUAAUCGCCGUUACAGUCACUUUAACUCAAAAUCAUGUGCAGUGUGGAGCUGAGGCAGUCUUUUAAAAUAAUUCUAGUUAUUAUAGGUUUAAGUGACUCAUGUUGUUGAUAUAAAGAUAGCAGUUUUUUCUGUGAUCUCUAAAGAUGUGAAAGAAGUAUUAAAAAAGUGAACAAUUGGAA